AUGACCAGCAAUGAGGUGCUCUAUCACAAAAAGUUAGUUCGUCAUCCCUUUCCAAAUCCUUGUUACAGAACUAAGCAGUCCCCUAAAAGUGGGGGCUGUGACAUGGCAAAUAAAGAAAAUGAACUGGCUUGUGCAGGCCAUCUGCCCGAAAAUUUGCGCCAUGAUAGUCGAACAUUUGUAGUUAAUGCCAGUGAUUCUGGGUCUUCACAGACAGAAAGCCCAUCAUCAAAAUAUAGUGGUUUCUUUUCUGAGGUUUCUCAGGACCAUGAGACAAUGGCCCAAGUUCUGUUCAGCAGGAAUUUGAGAUUGAAUGUAGCUUUGACUUUCUGGAGAAAGAGAAGUAUAAGUGAACUUGUAGCUUAUUUAGUGAGGAUAGAAGACCUUGGAGUUGUGGUAGAUUGCCUUCCUGUUCUAACCAAUAGUUUACAGGAAGAAAAGCAAUAUAUCUCACUUGGCUGCUGUGUAGACUUACUGCCUCUAGUAAAAUCUCUACUUCAAAGCAAAUUUGAAGAAUAUGUAAUAGUUGGCUUAAACUGGCUUCAAGCAGUAAUAAAAAGGUGGUGGUCAGAACUCUCAUCUAAAUCAGAAAUUACAAGUGAUGGAAAUAUUAAGCUUUUAAAGCAGCAGUUGAAUGGAUUAUGGGAACAGGAAAACCAUCUUACUUUGGUUCCAGGAUAUACCGGUAAUAUAGCUAAGGACGUAGAUGCUUAUUUAUUACAGUUGCAUUGAGAGAUUUCAUCUUCUAAAGAGUAUUUGGCUAUUCAAACAGUGCUGGAUUAUGUGAUUUCCAGAAGUAGGUCUCUCCUGAGAACUGUGAACUGUUAAAGAAAUAAAACCAAUUUUUUCUUUUAAAAAGCCACAUAAUAAAACCACUAAUGAAAUCCUAACAAUCUACUUCACAUUGAAGUGGAAAUAUCCGGAAGGAGCAGCUUCAACUUCAAUGAGGUGAAAGUGCACUAUGAAGACUGUUCGCCUUUGCUGUACACAGAUCUCUAUGGCUGUUUGGUAGCGUUGCUUAAGAACUGCUGGGUCUUAUCUCAAUCCUGCAAAGAAUAUCAGUUAUAGUAUGCGAAAGCAAGACAGGACUUCUUACCAGGAACUAUAAAGACCAAUCAUUAAUUUUAUUGUGUUUUAUGAAGAAACACUUAAAUGUGUGCAGCUAUUUUCUUCUGUUGAAAAGACUUCGAAAGUUUAAAACAUCAUAGUAAGUAAUAUUAAAUUUUUUUGUCCACGCUGAUACCGUGUACAAAUGCCUUAAUUAUUGAUAAGCCAAUGUGUUAUAAUACCAAUAUCUCUUUUUAAAAAUUAAAAGCAACCAUGCUUCUGGCAUGAUAAAAUCAUGGAAUUAAAUCAGGGGUUUACAUUCAUGUAGAAUGUUGUUGUUGAAAUAUAUUCUACACCAUUUUUUAAACUUGAGAAAUUUUUAGCAUCUCUGAUUUUUUUUUGCCAGAAUCUUCCUGUUAUGUUUGUAUGUAUGUGUUAUCCUUAUAUAAAGAAAAAGGUGAAUAUGUAUUUGUAUGAAUGUUUAACUGAAAAUGUUCUUGGAGUUGGCUAAUUUAUAUUCACUUUUUAUUGUAUAUGGAUUUCUAAUAUUUUUCAUUUCUGUAACAUUUAAACUUCAUUUGAGUAAAUUUACUAAAUAUUUCUAUUUUUUGCUUUUUUUCAAUUCUAAUUUUAUAUGAAAUCUAAUUCUUUUUCACUACAUGUGUUCUGAAAAGUUACAUACAUAUUUCAGAAUUGUUUACAGUUAAUGCUGACAUUGUACUUUAAGUUCCAACACAUUGUAUCACUACCUCCUCUAAUGGUUAGUAUGAAAUCCCACCAAAUUGUAUGUGAGCAUUUUUUGUUUUGUUUUGUUGUUUUUUUUAUAAUCACUUUUAGCAUUAGUGUACUCAGUUCUGGAAUACCUUAACAGUUCUGAAUUGUACCUGUCUUAGAAUUGCAGUUGAAUUCUCCUGGUCCAUCUAUCAUCUUUCUUGAAUAAGGCUUUCAAACUUCCAGAAAAGAUAAAUCAACUUUCUCUUCAUAUUCUAAUGUACUCCUUUAACAUUUUAACACAUAAACAGUGACUACUAAUAAGCCUCCCCAGCAUCUUUUCUUGCUAUGAAAAUGUUUAAAGUGUUACUUUUCACCAAAUUCUGUUUUUGUAUAGCUAUCAUUCCAGAUAGCUAUGUACUCCACAGAAUGAACAUUGGUUGUAGUAAUUGAUUAUCAUGUCCUCAGAUUAGAGUCAUUCCAGAUGACUGCAAUUUUGUGGUUAAGAGGUGAGGUAUGUAAGAAAUCAUUUUUCAGGAUGUAAGAAUUUCAUAAACCUGCAUCAUCUCUGAAACCUGAAGGUGGGAAAUACAACCUUUCUUUCUUAGUUCUUUAGUUUUCAUGGUCUUAUUGAACCGUUUGGACAGGUUAACAUGGGUGGAGUGUGAUACUAAUGAGACUAAGGAUUUGAGUCUCUGAUCCUUUUAAGUUCAUUAACCUUUCACAUGUAUGAAGUCAUUCCAUGGCUUCAGAUUGCACUUUCCCUUCAGUAUCCAUCUAAUAAAUUCAGUGUGUGAUCACAAA